CUCACACACACACUCACACAAGCGCACACACACACGCACACACAGGAGCAUAGCUGAGCGGCAAGGACUGCAGCAGCAUGCACCAACCGCGGCUGAGCUGUGCAGGGACAUGAGGAAGGGGAACUGAGGAGAGAAGAGAAUCUGCUAUUUUGGCACCAGCACACAGGCUGCUGUGCAUCUGGUGUGAGCAUCUUUGCAGCAGUGGGGAUGAUGCAUUUCAAGAGCGGAUAGCUUAUGUUAUCCGGCCUGCUCUGCACUCUGCAUCCCAUUCACCCUGCUCCUCCCACUCCAACUCUUCCUCCUCCUCCUGUCUAAAGCGUCGUUAGACAGGACUACUGAUUGACCAGGAGUGGAGAGCGUUGGAUGGUCAGGUUUUUUUUUUGCUCUGGCUGAAAGAUUGCUCUGUGGUUUAUGCUACAUCUACACCUCCACUGAUGGCUGGAUUGUAAUUGACAUUUGGAGCUUCAAAGACACCCACAGCCCUCAAGGAAUCUUGGAUGUGUGUCAUUCUUUACCACUGUUGUCACUGGCGCAUUUCCUCUCUUUUUGCUGGUUGCCUUUGCUUUUCUGUGAGACUGGCUAGCAGGCACUGCAGCAUCAGGACUGCAAGACCCAUGAAGUAGUAGGGCAUAAGGACCCAGGGGUGACCCAGCGGAAGGGUUUGAGUGCUUCCAUUGCUACCACUGCUGCUGAGGUGCUUAUCUUGAUUUUUUUUUUUUUCCUCCAGAAAAGGGUGUCUGGUGGGGGUUGGGGAGGGUGGUGACAGCACAGGUACCCAGGCCCCUGCAGAGCAGAGCGGGUGGCUCUUGCGUAGAGGAGGCAGGCAGGACGUCCUGUGGGAAAGAAGGGCUGGCUCAAGCCUUGGGCUCCUGAUGGUGGCUAUUUUUGUCUCCCCUAGCUGAGUGAUUGGGACAGCGGGUGGAAGAGAAGAUGCUGAUGGCCCGAGACACAGCGCGGGAUGAGGCUCAGAAGCUACACAGGAAGUGGCUGAAGCACCAGGCCUUUAUGGCAGAACUGGCCCGCAAUAAGGAAUGGCUGGCCAAGAUAGAACAGGAGGGUCAGGAGCUGAUCCAGGAGAAGCCAGAGCUGCGUUCCGUCGUUCAGCAGAAGCUCGAGGAGAUCCGAGAGUGCUGGUCCGACCUGGAGAGCACCACCAAGGCCAAGGCCCGCCAGCUCUUUGAAAACAACAAGCCUGAGCCGGCAGUGAAGAGCUACUCCGACCUCGACCACCAGCUCUCCCACCUGGAGCGGCAGCCGCCUCAGCUGGAGCAGGCUCAUCAUCUGCCCACCUUCAAUGAGCAGCUCCAGAAAUUCCAGGCUAUGGAGUCUCAGAUAGGGGACUUUUACAAGGAUGUGGGAGAGCUGGGCAGCUUGCAGGGGGUCUGCCUUCCUCAGCGGGGCCUGAUGGCAGGUGAGAAGGAAAGCAGCGAGCAGUCGGGCAUGGUCGAGACGCGCAUCGUCCGCCUCAUUGAGCCCCUGAAGGAGAGGCGCCGCAUCCUGUUGGCUUCCAAAGAAAUGCACCAAGUCGCUCAGGACCUGGAAGAUGAGAUACUGUGGAUUCAGGAGAGGCUUCCCUUGGCUUACUGUAAGGACUAUGGGAAUAACCUCCAGGGUGUACAGCAGCAUGUAAAAAAGAACCAGACCCUCCAGAGGGAGCUGACAGGGCGGCGGGCUCGUGUUGAAGAGGUUCUGGACCGGGCGGGUAUUAUCGCUUCACUGAGGACUCCCGAAGUGGAGUUUGUGCGUGAAGGGGCGGGACACGUGCGCCAGCUGUGGGAGGUUUUGCAGCUAGAGACGGAACGGAGGUCUGUGAUGCUGGAUGCUACGCUACAGGCUCAGCAGUACUACAGUGAGGCAGCUAAAGUGGAAACCUGGCUGUCGGGUCAGAAGCUCCAACUUGCCAGUGAAGAAAAAGGCACGGAUGAGUCGAGCACUCUGCAGCUGCUGAAGGCCCACGUGGCUCUGGAGCAAACGGUGGAAACGUACGCCGAGACAGUUGGCAUGUUAUCCCAGCAAUGCCAGCACCUGCUGGAAAUGGGUCACCCAGAAAGUGAGCAGCUCACCAAGCAGCAGUCACACAUAGACCGGCUGUAUGUGUCCCUCAAGGACAUGGUGGAGCACAGGAAGACCAAGCUGGAGCAGCAGUACUGGCUCUAUCAGCUCAACAAGGAGGUGGAGGAGUUGGAGAAGUGGAUCACGGAGCGCGAGACUGUGGCCAGUUCCACCGAGCUGGGUCAGGACCUUGAGGAUGUCACGGUGCUUCAAGAGAGGUUCACAAAGUUUGCCUCAGAGACCAACAACGUUGGCCAGCAACGUAUGGAGCAGGUGAACAAAAUGGUGAACGAGAUGAUCGACUGCGGCCACACCGACGCGGCCACCAUCGCCGAGUGGAAGGACGGCCUGAAUGAGUCGUGGGCUGACCUCCUGGAGCUGAUGGAGACUCGCAGGCAGAUGCUGGCGGCGUCACACCAGCUGCACAGGUUCUUCACCGACUGCAAAGAGGUCUUGGCUCAGAUCGCAGGGAAGAUGAAGCAGCUGCCAGAGGUGAGAGCGUGCCAGGCCAACAUCACCAAUCCAGCCACCCUGCAGAGACUCAUGCACUCCUUUGAGCAUGCCCUUCAACUGCUCGUUGCACAGGUGAGGCAGCUGCAGGAGAACGCUGCCCAGCUGAGGACCAUCUACGCUGGCGAGAAGGCCGAGGCCAUCAUGGUCAAAGAGCAGGAGGUGAUGGAGGCGUGGAAAGCGCUGCUGAGCUCCUGCGAGUCCAGUCGCAUCCAGGUUACUUCAGUGACCGACAAGGUGCAGUUCUUCUCGGUGGUGCGUGAAAACCUGAUGUGGAUGGAAGGCAUCAUGGGCCAGAUAGGCUGGGAUGAGCCAAGGGAUUUGACAGCUCUGGAGGUGAUGAUGAGGCAACAUCAAGAGAUGAAAGCCAAAAUAGAUGGCCGCAACAAGACCAUACAGCAAUGUGCAGAUCUGGGCAAGAUCCUGAUUGCUGCAGGAAACCCUGCAUCCGAAGAGAUUAAAGAGAAGCUGGACAGCCUUCUGUCUAAGCAGAAGGAUCUGGUCGAAAAAUGGGACAAACACCAGGAAAGGUUGCAACGCAAGCAGGAACAGUUCCAGUUUGCCCAGGAGACAGUCAAGGCAGAGGCCUGGCUGAAAGCCAAGGAGCCACUGAUCACCUCCAAGGAGCCAGAAGGAGGGGGGGCCCGGGCCCAAACAGACGAGGCAGAGCAGCUCAUCCUUCGCCACGAGGCCUUCCGCAAGGCUGCCGUAACCUGGAAAGAACGUUUCAGCUCCCUCCGUCAGCUUUCCGCAGCUGAGAAGAAAAAAGAGGAGGAGAAGAAAACAACCCCACUCUCCAGUCGAAGGAUGUUCCCAUUAUCUUGUUUGACUCCAAGCGUUGCCUCAACCAGUGCUACCUCACCUUUCUUGAGGCAGACAAUAAAGGGGCAUAUAGAAAACAAACCAUCACAGACCUGUCUGGAUCUGGGUGCCACCCCUGCUUCCCAGAGAUUGUCCUCAGCCCUUGCCAGCUACAAUCCAGUUAUAAAUGGAUCGGGCUACCACGGACUGGAACAGCAAAGCAGUGGAAAGUUAAUGAGCUCCUCAUACCUUGGGAUGAACCACCAGGCGGCUGGAGGUGGAAGUGACUCUGGUUACUCAGCGUUGACCUCUCAGAGUGGUGGAGCAGAUACUUCGACUUACCUUGGGAUAAACCAUCAAACUGUUGGUAGUGCAGAAAGUUCUGGGUACUUUGGACUAACUUCUGGGUGUGUGGGGAAUAUGCAAAACCAUCUAAGUAGUGGCAGAUUAGGAAGUUCGGGUAACAUAGCGCAACAGACAAGCAGUGGUGGUUUGGGAAAUCCUAGCUUUCUCCCUCAACAGAAUAUGGGCAGUUCGGGAUAUUUGGCACAACAGCCUAAUAUUGGGAGUUCUGGGUAUUUGGCACAGCAGUGUAACAUGGGGAGUUCUGGGUAUUUGGCACAACAGUCUAACAUGGGAAGCUCUGGGUAUUUGGCACAACAGCCUAAUAUGGGGAGUUCUGGUUACCUGGCACAACAGCCUAAUACAGGGAGUUCUGGGUAUUUGGCACAACAGCCUAAUAUGGGAGUUCUGGGUAUCUGGCACAACAGCCUAAUACGGGGAGUUCUGGGUAUCUGGCACAACAGCCUAAUACGGGGAGUUCUGGGUAUCUGGCACAACAGCCUAAUAUGGGAAGUUCUGGGUAUUUGGCACAGCAGCCUAACAUGGGGAGUUCUGGAUACCUAGCACAGAAUUAUCAGAGCACUGGGGGAUUAGGUAGCUCAGGCUUUCUAGCACAAAAUAAUUACAGCAGUGGAAGUCUGGGUAGUUCUGGUUUCUUAGCUCAGAGUGGUGGCAUCAUGGACCCUAAAAUGGCAUAUGCAUGGCAGCACCUAAAAGCUGACUUCAUGCAGCCCAGGAUCA